AUGCUGAAUUAUUCCUACUUUCGAAGCCUAUGGUGGAAGGAAGGAAAUUUUCACCCAGAAACAAAGUGGGAAGAAGCUACGCUUCCAUAUGUGCUCGCUGAGGGCGUGACUUUGGACGAGUACGAACGUCGCACCGACAAGUUUAACGUUCAUGGUUUAUGGGAAUGGACAAAUUAUAAAGUCUCAGUUUAUGAACUUCCAUUAGAGCUACAUGAAACUUGUAUUGGCGCAAUUACUUCAGAAAUAAUUGAAACAAAUGCCGGUAUAAUAAACUUAGGAGCAACUCGAACUCGCGCUGAUCGUUCUGGAAAAGAGGCCGACGCAUCAUUUCGUCCAAUGAAACCAGGAGUGCCUGUACAAACCGGAAGUGAUGGAAAGAGGAAACCAUGGCCAAAUAUUAUUGUGGAAGUCGCAUACUCUGAAAGUAUAAAUUACGUCUUCGAAAAGGUGAAAGAUUACUGGCUAAAGGAUCUUAGUCGCGCACAUGACGCAAUAGUUGUUAAAAUUGAUUCGAUUUCUGAGGACGAAACACCUUCGCGCAUAAGAACACGAAGAGGAGAACUUCAACAUCGAACUCACUUUGAGUUUGGCACUCAUGAUGGAGCCGGGAAUCCGUUGAAUAUUUUGCAGGGUACAUGCCUCAUUAAAAUUAAUUUGGAUUGUCUCUACUACCAAGCACAUCCUGAUGUCCAAAUUCCACGAACCAUUCUUCCCGAUCCCAUU